UCUUUGUCUAUUGUAAUGCAGCUUGUAGAAAAGUUUGAAUUACACAUGUGGCUCAAAAGACAUUUCUAUUGACAAAAUACACUUCUGUUGCAGAAAAUAUUCUUAGUAACUUGAGAAAAACACAGCUAGGGAGACUUCAAAAGGAAAAAAUACAACUAGGCAAACAUAAAUACACUUCACUUUAGGCAAACACAGUCAUUCCUAGAUAUGCCCAAAACACAGUAGCAUUUGUGUAUAAAUUUCAUUCAAAUCACAACUGACUAUGAUUUGAAGCCAGGAGCAUGAUCCUAAUUCUUGUCCAUGUGUCACAAUUCAUGCACUUGCUUGUAGACGAAAUAAGGAAAGGAAGAAGGUCCGAACGAGAAAUAGUGCUGAUGGUUACGUCGAUCCGUCAUUCUUUCAGUUAUUUCACGAAUACGCCCAACGAGGCAGGACCCGCACUGGACACCGCGACCACCACCACCGAAAAGAACAUCCACAAAUCGCGAGAGCAGACCUUCGCUCUCUGCUCCCGUUCAGUGAAACCACAUUCUCCGUGGCAUAUAGGACACCUCCCACUCUUUUAGUCACCGCUGAGCAAAGCAUGCGUUUAAAUGUGGUAACGUUUCCUGGCUGAUCCAGUCUAUAAACAGCAGCACAAGAAAACACUAAACAUGUACUAUUAAGCAUACAUUAAUGCACUUUGCCUAUAUGUUUAAUGUAGAUUUGUUGUAACCGUUAUCUCAGUCUCUUGGGAACUGGGCUCUUGGGGGGUUCCAAGCUUGCAGAGGCUUAUUUUCAAUGCUGGAAAUGCAAAGAUGUGCUGCGGGAAACAAUUGGUGUAGUCUAGCUGGCCCUGAAUCGCAGCUGCACCGGCCGUGCGUGAUACGGCUGCUGCCAAUGAAGGCAGUUGUAUGCAGAGCACUGCUGGGCUGUCAGCAGCAGCGACCGAAGGGCUUGGUGCAGGAUUUUGAUGAUGUCUCACGUGCAGGCAAAUGUUGGGAGGACACAGUGACCACACCGAGCCAGGCAAAGCACCAAGGCACAAGGAAAAGCCUUUCUUUUAACCUGGCUGCCUUUGAAGAAGUGACUCAGACAUCCUCAUGGCCUGUAAAGGAUAACACAUAUGCACAGAACCAAAGUAGAGGUCUGCCUGGCUUUCUUCCUGGAGCUCCAGCCCCUGACCGCAGCUUUCACCUCUCAUAUCCUCACCCAGAGAACCAAGUGUGGCAGCCAGCUCUCCCUCGGCCAGGCAGUCUUCCUCCUGGGCUAGAAUAUUUAAGCCAGUUAGACCUGAUAAUUAUACACCAGCAGGUGGAGCUUCUUGGAAUGAUACUUGGCACUGAGACCUCCAACAAAUAUGAGAUUAAAAACAGUUUGGGACAAAGAAUUUACUUUGCAGUGGAAGAAAGCAUCUGCUUCAAUCGUACUUUCUGUUCCACACUUCGAGCUUGCACUCUGAAGGUCAUGGAUAACUCAGGUCGGGAGGUGAUUACAGUAAACAGGCCCUUGAGGUGUAAUAGCUGCUGGUGCCCUUGCUACCUGCAAGAGUUAGAAAUCCAAGCCCCUCCUGGUACUAUAGUUGGUUAUGUUGCACAGAAGUGGGACCCCUUUCUGCCUAAAUUCACAAUCCAAAAUGCAAACAAAGAAGAUAUUUUGAAAAUUGUUGGUCCUUGUGCAACAUGUGGCUGUUUUGGCGAUGUGGAUUUUGAGGUGAAGACCAUUAAUGAAAAACUUACAAUUGGGAAGAUUUCAAAGUACUGGUCAGGAUUUGUAAAUGAUGUCUUUACCAAUGCUGACAACUUUGGAAUUCAUGUUCCCGCAGAUCUAGAUGUGACAGUCAAAGCAGCAAUGAUUGGUGCUUGUUUUCUCUUUGAUUUUAUGUUCUUUGAACAUUCACUAGCUGGAUUAUAACAAGCGAGAUGACAAAAACGAUCAAGUAUGCAAGAACAUGUUUCAAAAUCCCUUGGGCUCUGGAUUUCAUUUCUGAAUGGUUUGCAAUAUUUGCUUUUUUUGUAACAAAUGUUAAUUAUUACAUUAUUAAAGCAUAAUGUAAUGAAGCAAUUAUCUGGUUGUAAAUGCAUGUUAGCUAAAGAAAAGAUUAUUGGCCUUACUGGCCUGAGCGCAGGGUUGCUUUGAGAGAUUGUCAUUCUUUCUUUUUAAUCCUUUUGAAGUUGUUGCAUGGGUAAGCAUGAAAGAUGAGAACUAAGGCUUGCAGCAUCACUGAUGAAAAUUCAAUGUUUAGAGAGCACUUUGAAGUUUUUCUGGUACUAAGGCUGGUUACUAAUCAAAAGGACUGGCUUUCCAAAAUAUUUUUUCAUUAAGUAGUCUUUUGACUUUGUUUAUUAACCUUAUUGUAGUGAGAUAUUUUUACCUUAUAUCAGAAAGGCUAAAAGUUGGAUAAAUAAUAUGUUUAAAGAUGAGGAGGAAGAUAGAUGAAAUCAAUUUGUUCUAGUGGUAAGAAGCUAAUAUUUCCAGAAGGAAGCUAAAAUUUACAAACCAAAGCAUGGUGUAAACACAUACCCACACCAGAGAUUUAAACAAGCAUAUAAACAGACUUCUAAGUUAGUAAAAGCAGUAGUGUAGAGCAGGAAAUUUAUCUAUUACAGUGAAAGUUUAGUCAGAAAAGGAAUCUAGGGCUCUGAAAAAAAAGCACAAUUCCAGGACUUACUUAAAAAUAAGCAAAGAAAAAUAAAUAAAUAAAACCUUAAUACAUGAGGCAAAUGCAGAAGUCAGGGCACACAGUUAAUUCAGUUAAUUAAUGCCUUCUAUUUUAACAUUUCGGAGUCCUCUAGGUAACUACGUCUAGUUACCCACUCUUUCCCAAGGCCCACACAAGAAGCUUUUAGUAUCUUUUUUUAGGAAUGAUGAUAGUUCCUCCCUUUUCAAAAUGAGGAAACAAACUUGUUUUAAGCAAAGCACCAUGUAGCCAUCUGAAAUUAUACAAAUACUACCCAAAUUAUACAAAUACUUUCGAACUAUACAAAUACUACCCAAAUUUUUAACUACUGACAAAGAUGUUUAGACCAACUCCAAGCAAUCCUCUACUUGGUAGAGGAACUAUGUUCCAAGCAUCUGUAACUAAGUUAAUUACUUGGGAUUAAGAAUCUAUCAUCUAGAAAUACUGUUGUAUGUGUUAGUUAAAUUCCCAAGAUAGCCCACAAAUAGCAAUUUAGUGCUAGGUUCUGGGGUAAGGGUUCUAGGUUGUAUUAAGAUGAAAAGGAAAAGAAUCACCUUUUUGAGUGCCCUCUCUGUUGGCAUGCCUCAGAAAACCAUAAAAAAUGGAUUAGUGGGGCAGAAUAGUUUAAGCAUUGACCACCAAAAAUAGAACCGUGCUUCCACAUCACACCCAAUCUUUCUCCCAGUGGCCCCAUCCAUUCUUUCAGUGUAACGGGUGUGACCUGCAUGUUGGGAACAGUACAGUCACAGAAGCAAACGACAGUCCUGUGUGUGAUAGACAUUGUCUUCAGUCUAGCUCUGCUGUGUGGUAGCUAUGUAUCUUCACAUCUGUCCUGUAGUCUUUCUGAACCUUCUCACUUUCCCAUUUGCCACUUUGCAGAGCUACGGUGACAGUUAAGGGGACCUCAGUGUUUCUUCCUUUUCCCCUUUGUCUAUUCUAACUGACGUGUGUGUGACUUAUGGUCAGUCAUUCAUAACCAGCUAAAGGAAGUGGCAUUUUAAUUUUUUUUUAUUAUUUAUUUUUUGAGUGACAGGGGGCGAGCAGGGAAGGGGCUGAGAGAGCAGGGUAGACACAGAAUCUGAAGCAGGCUCCUGGCUGAGCUGUUAGCACAGAGCUCUACGUGGGGCCUGAACUCAGGAACUGUGAGAUCAUGACCUGAACCGAAGUCAGAUGCUUAACUGACAGAGACACCCAGGAGCCCCAGGAAGUGACAUUUUUAAAGCAGAUGCUUAUUAACUAAUAAAAUGUAGAAAAAUUGUUAGCAUUCUCUGAGGGCUUAUCACAUAUUAGACAUGUGCUUCCUAUGAAUUCCUGGUGGGGGAACAAAAGGAAGUAAAAACAAAGGAAUAUCAGGCAGUAUGUGGAAGACUGCCUGGGAUUCUAUCUUUUCCUCUCCCCGUUCUGCUCCAUGUCCCAAAUUUCCUCCCUCAAGGUGUACCUGCUUCAUAUUUUCUUCUUGUAUUUCUUGUGCUUUUGAUUUCUAAAGUGGAAUACGUUCCAACUUGGUGUCACAACAGCAGCAUUUGAGAUUCUCAUGGUGGGAAAAAUGGGAGAAAAAUACUACUUAUAAAUACUACAUUUUAAUAUGAUCAACAUUUGGAUUUAAAAAAUUAUUUAAAUGAACCCUAAAACUAGUAAAAAGUUUAAAACACCCACUUUUUUUUAUGGGCCGGUGGCUGUGCAUUAUCUUUGCUCUUUUUUUUAAAAUAUAAUUUAUUGUUAAGUUGGCUAACGUAUAGUGCAUACAGUGUGCUCUAGGUUUUGGGGGUAGAUUCCCAUGAUUCAUCACUUACAUACAACACCCAGAGCUCAUCCCAACAAGUACCCUCCUCAAUGCCCAUCAGCCAUUUCCCUCUCCCUCAUCCCCCAUCAACCCUCAGUUUAUUCUCUGUAUUUAAGAGUCUCUAUGGUUUGCCUCUCUCCCUCAGUUUGUAACUAUUUUUUCCCCUUCCCUUCCCCCAAAGUCUUCUGUUAAGUUUCUCAAGUUCCACAGAUGAGUGAAAACAUUGAUAUCUGUCUUUCUCUGACUGACUUAUUUCACUUAGCAUAAUACCUUCCAGUUCCAUCCACAUUGCUGCAAAUGGCCAGAUUUCAUUCUUUCUCAUUGCCAAGUAGUAUUCCAUUGUAUGUAUAAACCACAUCUUCUUUAUCCAUUCAUCAGUGGAUGGACAUUUAGGCUCUUUCCAUAAUUUGGCUAUUGUUGAAAG